UACAGCUGCCAGGGCAGCUGCAUCAUCACCCACCAUCUUUUCCCCUUCAUCCAAUGGCCGCUCCUCUUCGACCUCUUUCCCUCCCCCUUGUUUUUUAACCUCCUUGCCACUUUCCUUUCCUGUUCCUCCUAGUCCGGAUUUUUUAGGCCAUUUUUCCCUUGUCAGACCUGCCGGUUUUCUGUGCUUGUUCUUACUUUUGCCUUUCCCCUUCGGAGCUUUCUCGUUCCCUUCUUUCAGGGGUCUCUUCUCCCCUUCCUUGGUCUGAGACCCCUCUUCCCUCUCCUCCCUUCCUUUGCCCUUAGCAGUCCGAUCGAUUUUGCCAUUUGACCCGUCCCCAGAUUCUUCUCUUUCCGUGGGGGUAUUCUACGUAUUCCACCAAUUGCCCCGUGGGUACCGACAGUCACGUGAGGGUACUCGAGGGCUGUUCAGAGCUGGGCUGAUUGUGUCCUGGAGCGAGCGAGGCGGAGGAGAGAGGGUGGCGUCGCUCUGUCUCUCUCUCUCUCUCUCAGUACUCAUUUUUGCGAUUCUUGGCGAUUCUUGGCGAUUCUUGGCGAGGGAGUGUUUUUCAAGUAUUUGCGGAUGCGAGGGACUAAAAAAAAACAAACGGAGUGGAAAGCAAAAGCGGGCAAGAGAGAGAAGAGAGAGAAGAGAGAGAAUACCUUUCUCGGCCUUUCGGCUAAGAUCAAGUGGUGUAUCUGUUCUGAUCAUCAGUUUAAUAUCUGAUCCUAGUGGUUCAUCGGACCACCACCACCAAAAAAAAAAAAAAAAAAAAAAAAAGCGGGAAAGAGGAGGGUCGCCGUUAUGGGCUGGAAAGCGCCACAGCAGUUGUUCAAGUGUUGGAAAAUUCUCCGAGGAGACAUGGUAAUGAUAAUGGCAGGAAAGGACAAAGGUCUGACGGGUACGAUCAGCCGAGUCGUGCGGAAACAGAACAGAGUUAUCGUCGAAGGGAGAAAUCUGGAAGCAGGUUGCAGUUCGAUGGUAGAAUACUCUCAACAAACUCGCAUCGAGGACUUUCUCAAGGCCGUCAGGGAAAGGGCACCUUGCAGAGUUGGAUACCGGUACUUGGAAGAUGGGAGUAAAGUGCGGGUCUCAAGGGGAGGCACAGCGUCUGGCAGCAUCAUCCCGAUGCCAGCCAUACUAACGGAACGAAAGUCUCCAAAAGGAAAGACUGGUGCUAGUGAGAAGGACACAGCCAAGGAGGCAGCCCUGGAGAGGACAUGGGAUGGAUCCACUGGAGCUUCCUUCUUCCCCAAUCUGUAAACCUGCUUUUCCGUUUUUGGCAUGAAGUCCCAUGUCUGGGUUAUAGGAUUCCAUCAGUGAAGUGAGUAGGAGACACAGAGGUUGAGAGUGUGUGUGUGUGUGUGUGUGUGUGUGUGUGAGAGAGAGAGAGAGAGAGUUGGUUGGAAUUAGCAGCGCUUUAAAUACCACCCCCAUGGAGGAAACAAGUGUGCACACUCUGAGUGUGCUGUUUGGUAAUCUUAAAGCUCUUCUUUUUUCAAAUUCAGCUUAUGUGGCACUCAUCCCCUACGCACGUCGAGUCCAUCCAUGGAAGGGGUAAGGAGCUUAGGAGGUAGAUAUGUUAUCUGAUUGUUGCAGUAAAUGACUUCUUCAUUCUGGGGAGGCUACUGUGAGGUUGAGAGUGAGAGUUGGUUGCAGUUAGCAGCGCUAUAAAUAGUAUAAAUACAACCACCACGGAGGAAACGCGUCUGCAGACUCUGAGUGCGCUGUUUGGUCAUCUGAAACCGCUCCUUUUUUCAAAUUCAGCUUAUGGCCACUCGUCCCGUACACACGUCGAGUCCAUGGAAGGGGCAAGGAACUUAGGAGGUAGAUAUGAUAUUCGAUUGUUACUUAGGGGUAAACGGCUUCUUCACUGCGGCUACUGUGUUCACCUGUGUAGAGCGCCCAAUCAUUGU